AUGGCUGCCGAUGAACAAGUUUCUAACAUGUUUGACACUAUCUUAGUGUUAGAUUUCGGUUCUCAAUACUCUCACUUGAUUACUAGAAGAUUGAGAGAGUUCAACAUUUACGCCGAAAUGUUGCCAUGCACUCAAAAGAUUUCUGAAUUGGGCUGGACUCCAAAGGGUGUCAUUCUCUCAGGUGGUCCAUACUCUGUGUACGCUGAAGACGCUCCUCACGUCGACCAUGCCAUCUUCGAUUUGAACGUCCCAAUUCUGGGUAUCUGUUACGGUAUGCAAGAACUGGCCUGGAUCAACGGUAAGCAAGUCGGUCGUGGUGACAAGAGAGAAUAUGGUCCUUCCACUUUGAACGUGCUUGACGAUGCCAACCCUCUAUUUAAGGGUAUGAACAAUUCUACCGUCUGGAUGUCUCACGGUGAUAAACUACAUGGUUUACCAACCGGUUACAAGACCAUUGCAACUUCCGAUAACUCCCCAUUCUGUGGUGUUGUUCACGAAACUAAACCAAUCUAUGGUAUCCAAUUCCACCCAGAAGUUACACACUCCACUCAGGGUAAAACUCUAUUGAAAAACUUUGCCGUCGAUUUGUGUCAUGCCAAGCAAAACUGGACCAUGGAAAACUUCAUUGACACUGAAAUCAACAGAAUCAGAAAAUUGGUUGGUCCAACCGCUGAGGUCAUUGGUGCCGUUUCCGGUGGUGUUGACUCCACCGUUGCUUCCAAAUUGAUGACCGAAGCCAUCGGUGAAAGAUUCCAUGCCAUUUUGGUUGACAACGGUGUCUUGAGAUUAAACGAAGCUGCCAACGUUAAGAAGACCCUUGUUGAAGGUCUGGGCAUUAACUUGAAUGUCGUAGAUGCUUCCGAAGAAUUUUUGACUAAAUUGAAGGGUGUCACUGACCCAGAAAAGAAGAGAAAGAUCAUUGGUAACACUUUUAUCCAUGUCUUUGAAAGAGAAGCUGAAAAGAUCAAGCCAAAGGACGGUAAGGACAUUGAAUUCCUGUUGCAAGGUACUUUGUAUCCAGAUGUCAUUGAAUCUAUUUCUUUCAAGGGUCCUUCUCAAACCAUCAAAACUCAUCACAACGUCGGAGGUCUACUAGAGAACAUGAAAUUAAAGUUGAUUGAACCAUUGAGAGAAUUGUUCAAAGAUGAAGUCAGACAUCUAGGUGAAUUGUUGGGAAUCCCUCACGAUUUGGUCUGGAGACACCCUUUCCCUGGUCCAGGUAUUGCUAUUCGUGUUCUAGGUGAAGUUACUAAGGAACAAGUCGAGAUUGCCAGAAAGGCUGAUAACAUUUACAUCGAAGAAAUCAAGCAGGCUGGGUUAUACAACCAAAUCUCUCAAGCCUUUGCUUGUUUAUUGCCCGUUAAAUCUGUUGGUGUGAUGGGUGACCAAAGAACUUAUGACCAAGUUAUUGCUUUGAGAGCCAUUGAAACCACUGAUUUCAUGACCGCUGAUUGGUUUCCUUUUGAACACAGUUUCUUGAAAAAGGUCGCUGCGAGAAUCGUUAACGAAGUUGACGGUGUUGCGAGAGUUACUUACGAUAUCACUUCUAAGCCUCCUGCCACUGUUGAAUGGGAGUGA